AUGGUUGUCUGUCGAUUCUGUCCGGCGGAACACGCCCGAUAUGCCUGUCCCAAGUGCAGUGCGGACUAUUGCUCCCUCAAGUGUUACCAAAGUCGAGAUCAUUUGAAUUGCUCGGAAAAGUUCUAUCAAAAUGAAGUUCAAAGUGAGCUGGCCUUUCAAGCCCAGAACGAAAUUGAUCCUCAAGAUAAAAAACGCUUGCUUGAAGCAUUCAAACGGCUUAACCAACCGGAUCUAGAUGGUCAUGAUGAUGAUGAUGAUUCGGCUUCGGCAGACGAACAGGAUAUCGCUGAUCGGUUGGCCGGCAUCGAUUUGGACGAUUCUGAAGCCAUUUGGGCCCAUUUAAGCGAUCAAGAGCGAUUAGAGUUCGAAAAACUGGUUCAAACCGGAGAUAUUCAAAAGUUGAUCCCAGAUUUUCAACCAUGGUGGAGCCUUACGGUUAAAUCAAAACUGGUCCAGGAAUUGGACGACCCUGAUGAGCUAGAGCAAUUCCAGGGAAGAUGUCCUCCAUUACCAGAGAAGAUCCCGCCAUUAAGACAACUCACCCAAAUGGCACCUGCCAGUUGUGUCAAAUACAACUUAGUCAACGUGAUAUUUGCCUACGUUUAUGGCGUGCGAUAUUUUAUGGACGAUCAUCUUGCCAAUCCUUUGGCCUUCACCGAGGCCGUCUUGAACUUGUCCGGCAAUUUGGCGCAGAAUGAAGCAUUCGAAAGUGCAGACAAGGCCCUAGCGGCAGCAUCUCUUCAAGUCACUCAUCAUGAGCAUUUGGCCAUGUCUCAAGACUUUACUCUAUUGUGCAAGAAGGAUGUGUUCCAAAUAAUCCAGGGACCAUGCCCUAACUAUUCCUGGUAUUAUCUACUUUCAGCUCUCGGAGAUCUGAAACAGGCACUAAAACUAGGAGCUAAGGCCCUGAAAACCUCAACGAUAAAGACUGACAAACUUGGCCAAACUCUACGAACGGCUCAGCCAGUUUAUGUGAGAUUGGUGAAAAAGGCCAUUUUAAAGAUCGACUUUUACCUAAGUUUUGUCAAAGACCACAAUCAAGACCUUCAUCUGUUACGCACUGUCAUGAAAUAAACGUGGAAAUUCCAGA